CGUCAUUGACGGGCAGAUGGGUGGGUUCCCUAAAUGGAAAGUAUGAGUCCCACCCACAUCAACAGUUGAAUACAGUCCGUACUGGGGCUGGAUGAAGAAAUAUUUCUUCCUGAAACGGACAGCGAGCAUACAAAACCAUGAGUUAUCCAGGAUACCCCCCUCAGACAGGUGGCUACCCUCCACAGCCUGGGGCCUACCCUCCACAGCCUGGGGCCUACCCACCUCAGCCUGGAGCUUACCCUCCUCAAGCGGGAAGCUACCCCCCUCAGCAGGGUGGCUAUCCACCACAGGCGGCGGGCUAUCCGCCACAGGCAGGAGGCUACCCACAACAGGCGGGUGGCUUUCUGCCACAGGCAGGAGGCUACCCACCACAGACUGGGGGCUACCCACAGGCACCACCACCAGGCAGCUGGGGAGGUGGUCCUACUGGUGGAUAUCCCUCAAUUGGUUUAGACGGUUUAUCUAACCCUGGAUACAAUGCUGGCAUGGCCAACCAGAUACCUGCAGGCAUGGGGGGUUAUCCCCCAAACCCAACCUUGUACCCUCAAGUCCCUGGGGGGUACCCACCCGCCUCUCAACCUAGUGGGUAUGGUGCCCCUUUCCCUAACCAACAGUCAUUUGGCCUGUACCCACAGCCAGGAGGGACCAUGCCCCCACCACAAGGCCCAGGAAUGGGCUACCCUGGUCAGCCAGGCCAGCAAAUGCCCGGAUACCCCCGUGCACCGUCACCCAACCCACCCAUGGCUGGCUAUGGAGCAGCACCAGCACCCAUGCCAGGGUACCCAAAGGUCCCCUCACCCAAUCCAUCCAUGCCAGCCUAUGGAGGAGGAGCUAUGCCAAUAGCUCCGGCUAUCAAUAGAGGUUUCAGGGGAACAAUCAAGGACUAUCCUGGAGCUGAUCCACUCAGAGACGCAGAGGUCCUGAGGAAGGCUAUGAAAGGCUUUGGAACUGAUGAGCAAGCCAUCAUCGACUUACUGGGGAGUCGCUCCAAUAAGCAGCGUGUGCCUUUGCUCCGAUCCUACAAAACAGCCUAUGGAAAGGAUCUGAUUAAGGACCUGCAUUCAGAGCUCUCUGGAGACUUCAGGAAGCUUGUCAUGGCCACAUUGAAGAGCCCAGCUGAGUUUGAUGCCUAUGAGCUCAACAGUGCCAUAAAGGGAGCCGGAACUGAUGAAGCCUGUCUGAUAGAGAUCCUGUCUUCCCGCUCAAAUGCUGAAAUCAAGGAGAUAAACCGUAUUUACAAACAAGAAUACAAGAAGACAUUGGAGGAUGCCAUCACUGGAGAUACCUCAGGCCAUUUCCGCAGGCUCCUGGUCUCUCUUGCCCAGGGUAAUCGUGACGAAAGAGAAAAUGUUGAUGUCUCUCUGGCCAAACAAGAUGCUCAGGCCUUGUAUGCUGCUGGAGAGAACAAGCUGGGAACAGACGAGUCCAAAUUCAAUGCAAUUUUGUGUGCCAGGAGCAAAUCCCAUCUCAGAGCAGUGUUUCUUGAGUACCAGCGCAUGUGUGGCAGAGAUAUCGAGAAGAGCAUCAGCAGGGAGAUGUCUGGAGACCUUGAGAGUGGCAUGUUGGCAGUCGUGAAGUGCAUUAAAAACACACCUGCCUACUUUGCUGAGAGACUUUACAAGGCCAUGAGGGGAGCUGGAACCAAAGACAGAACCCUGAUCCGUAUCAUGGUCACCCGUUCUGAGGUUGACCUGCUGGACAUCCGCCAGGAAUAUAUCAAAAACUAUGGCAAGUCGCUGUACACAGCCAUCUCUGGAGACACAUCCGGAGACUACAAGAAGCUCCUAUUGAAGUUCUGCGGGGGCAGUGACUGAAAAGGGAACAGUGUCUACCACACUAUAGAACGUUCUAUAUAUAUCCACUUCUUGCUUAUCUAUGUGCACUAUACACAAUGCAAACUGCAAAGAUGCAUGCCAUGCAAGUUCUAUCAAUGCAAAGUUUACCUUGUUUUAAAGACCUCACUAUUGCUACAUAUUUCCUUUCUACAUGCACUAAAAGUUUAUAUUUUCACUUGUUAUAUCUUGGCUGGAUAUUUGAGUUGAAUAUACGUGGCUAAGCCAUACAAUCAAUGUGCAACAGAUGGCAUUUGAUUUUUGAGAGCUAUAUUUUUUAUGAUAUUUUAGCCGUGCCAAUAUAAACAGAUAUCUAAUGAUAUCUGGCACUUUUACAAGCCAAUCUCUAUGUAUAGCAUAGCUGAAUCUAAAUUGAUACAUGGUAGCUACAUACCAAAGUUGUCUGUUAAUGUUUGCAGCGUUCUAAAUUUUUAUUUUGUCUACCCGACUCAUUUUUGUUGGUCAUAGUUGCUCUGUAAGUGCUACAGAUACUUUAUUUUGUAUACCUUUCAUUGAAGCCUAUAAAAGCACAUUUCAUCAUUUGUUGCUGGUUUUAUCUUUACAAGUCUUGUAAAAAUAAAUGUUGAGAAUGUA